CGGCAGGCCAACGGCAAGCCGUGGGAGCCAUAGAAGACUUCCCUCAUCAAGCCUUAUACUCGGGCGUCCCCCGGUCGUAGAUCUUGCUCGCCCCCACACUGCAAGCCAAUCUCAGGCCUGUCUUCGCCCGCUAGCCGCUUACCGAAUCCUCGAGCUUGACUUUGUCUCACAUUGACCGCACGCCAUGGGAGUCGGACGCGCCGUCGACGAGGACCCCCUCUCCCGCCUGCUCGCGCCCCCGCCGAACGAGACCGCCGAGGAGCGCGAGGUUCGGCUGCGAGUCGAGGCGGAGGCUCGCCUGAGGAGCGAGCGGAUUGAUGACCAGCUGAGGGCGGAGAAGGCGGCACUCAAGAAGAACAAACCCGUCAAGGUGUUGUUGCUUGGGCAAAGCGAGAGUGGGAAGUCCACGACAUUGAAAAAUUUCCAGCUUGCGUAUUGCCAAGAUCAAUGGGAGGCCGAACGCGCGUCAUGGCGAAUGGUCAUCCAGCUCAACUUGGUCCGAGGCAUAAACAGCAUCCUCGAUCUGCUCGCAGAGGAGAUGGCGGGUGGGGCUGCGCCGACGAUGGGUGAUUCGGAUGUGAGCGACGACGAAGGCCCGCCCGCCCCGCGUGCGACCGGCACUCUCCACUACAGUGGGACGCACCGUCUGCUCAAGCUGCGGCUUGCUCCGCUGCGCACCGUUCAACAUGACCUCGAGAUGCGCAUCGGUAUCUCUGCUGGCAGCGACGUCCACGAUGUCAUCAACUCCCCGCCCGGCUCGCCCGUGCUCGGAUCAACUGGACGCAAGCAGCAAGAGUUCUUUGUGCGGUCGGCGACGAGCUGGAAGCAGCUGCACAACCGCGCCCCGAGCGACAGCACGAAUGUGAAGUUCCAUGACGCCCAAGUGCGCGAGACGGCGGAUAUCAUUGCUGGCUGUGCGGAAGACAUGAAGGCCAUCUGGCACGAUCCAGUCAUCCGCGAGAUGCUUGGUAGAAAGGGCAUCCGCAUGGAGGUGACUCCGGGAUUCUUCUUGAACGACAUUGACAGGAUCGCAGUUAGAGACUACGAGCCGACCAACGAUGACGUUGUGCGCGCCCGCCUGCGCACCCUGGGCGUCCAGGAGCAUCGCAUCAAGUUCAACAAGGGGCCGGCGGCCGGGUCAGAGUGGUGCAUAUACGACGUGGGGGGAUCGCGUACUCAGCGUAUCGCUUGGUACCCAUACUUCGACGACUGCGACGCUAUCAUUUUCCUCGCGCCGAUCAGCUGCUUUGACGAACGCCUCGCAGAAGAUCGCCGCAUCAACCGCCUAGAGGACAGCUACAUGCUGUGGAAGGCCGUGGUCUCAUCCAAACUGCUUGCGAGGACGUCUAUCAUAUUGUUCCUCAACAAGAGCGAUCUGCUUGAAGCGAAGCUUCGAGGCGGCGUACGGGUCCGCGACUAUGUACAGAGCUUCGGAGACCGGCCCAACAAUCUUGAAAAUGCCGUCAAAUACUUCCAACAACAUUUCCGGGACAUCUUGAGGAAGCACUCACCGGAGCCGCGACCGUUCCGUGCGCAUAUCACGUCUGUCGUGGAUACUCAAGCUACGGCUGUCACACUCUCCGUUGUCGAAGAAGGCAUCCUCCGGGACCACCUCCAGCGGGCAGACCUACUCUGAUCCACGCAUCCACUUCAUUCUCAUCCGUCGACCACCGUUUCUUGUGUCUCGCUACGACCGUCGUGCCUAGCCGUUUCUUCCUUGCCCAUGAAUGCUGGCCGCUUGCGGAGCAAAUUCCUCUCCCCUCUCCCCGUGCAUCUCAUCGACUUGGCGCCCCGUUAACCUUGCUCUUCCGCAGUGCGAGAUAGCAUAUUCGUGAAAAACCUCCGUGAAUCCGAUUUGACUUGAUCUGGCCCCCGCCACGGAACCUGUACCAUAAUCUGCGAUUUAUUCCUUAUCUACCCUGUCGUGUAGAUAUAGUAUCCCCCUCUGUGUAUAUCUCCGACUGCGCACAUAUGCGCCACUAUUGCUCGAACGCUGCCGACGUCCCCCUCCACCCCUUCGCCUUCUUGUUGUAUGUAUGUUCGUACCGCCGCCCCUUGGCCCGCCAUUCACGGACUCCCAUUGCGUCGUGCUCGUUCUAUUAUGUGCCUACGCUAGACGUCUGUAUUAAUAUCUC